AUGACUGAACCUUCUCCAAUGGCUCGAGCUGGCAUUCCACCACCUCCACCACCGCCCCCACCACCGCCCCUACCCCCCCUCUUGCUAAAUUCCAGUUCCGGCUCCAGUGGUGUUUCUGGCUCCGGUCGGUUGCGAAGCGUGUUCUGGGAGCGUAUUCCUCAGGAGCGAGUGGAGGGCAGACGCAGUGUCUGGACCAAAUCGGAUGAGUUUCCAAUUGACCUCAGUUCACUAGAUGAGCUUUUUGGACAGCGCCAGGGUCACCAGAUCAAAGUUCUUGGGGUCAGAGGUCACCGUAGUGGAAAUAAACGCACUAACAUGAAUGCACCUCCUCGGAACACUUUGGAGAGGAUAUCUAUUCUGGAGGGGAACAGAAGUCUGAAAGUCGGGAUUUUUCUGCAUCAUUUUAAGAGUUCUCUGGGAGAGAUCAUUAAUGAUAUAAGAGAGGGGCGUGGCCAGCGCUAUGGCAGCGAGAGGCUCAAUGAACUCUACAAACUGUUGCCUGAUUGUAAUGAGGAGCAGACACUGAGGUCAUUCAGAGGUGAGCGCAAUCAGCUGGAGGAGGCCGAUCUCUUCAUGCUCCAUCUAGUGGAGAUUCCUAGUUUUCGACUGCGUUUAGAGGCAAUGAUUCUGCAGGAGGAGUUUGACCACACUGUGACCUCUGUGUCUACAUCUGCACGUUGCCUAGCAACAGCAGCUACAGAGCUGAUGUCAUGUGUUGAGCUCCACUCUAUCCUGCGUUUGGUGCUGAAAGCUGGAAACUACAUGAAUGCUGGGGGAUUCGCUGGUAACGCUGCAGGAUUCAGGAUCUCCUCCCUGCUGAAGUUAGCCGACACUAAAGCUAACCGACCCGGCAUGAACCUCCUGCACUUUGUAGCCAUGGAAGCAGUGAGGAAAGAUCCAUCCAUCCUCUCCUACCACCUUAAACUCAGCCACGUGGGACCAGCAGCCAGGUUAUCAGUGGAGGCAGUGGAGGAGGAGUUCAGCGAGCUGCAGUCCAGAGCCACCGCCCUGCUGGACGGACUGGAAACUGCACCGGAUCUACACGCUCAGAUCACACCAUUCCUGCAGGUCACGGAGCUGAAGUUAUCCGAGCUGCAGGUGGACGUGGACUCUCUGUAUAAAGCCCAGCGCUCCCUGAUGGAGUUCUUCUGUGAGGAUGAUGAUGGAUCCUUUAAGCUGGAGGAAGCCUGCGCUACAUUCCACAGCUUCCAGCAGCGCUUCCUCCGAGCCGCACAGGAGAAUGAAUUGCGAGAGCAGCAGGAUCAGCAGCGUUUGGAGAGAGAGCAGACGGAGAGAGAGAAGGCGAGAAAACGGCGCUCUAUUGCUUCCUGCUCCGCCCUGGAGGCGGGGCUGGAGUUUGAUGACAAUGCUUUGGAGAUGAUCCUGCGGGCUCCUGCGGCUACACCUCUGAGGCGGAACCUGUGGUCGACACUAGGCCGCCGGGCACCGCAGCGUCCAGCGUUAAUCAGCCUGAUUGAAACACCGGCAGAAAACACCAGUCUUCCGGGAAAUGAAGCUGGAAUACAGGCAGAAUCUCCUGAUAUCGUGGUGGCUAACAAAGAUGCAAAUCCCACUCAGGCUGAGACCCGGACCGAAGCUGAGCUUACCAGUCUCUCCUGCCCAUCUGCUGAGGCGGAGUCAGUGAAGAGCCCCGCUCACUCAGCUUGCAUCCAAUCCAAAAGCUGGACGCUUGAUGCCAGGCUCCGCCCACAUGUGGGUGAGACACACACGCUAGUUUCCGGCCUGCAGUCUUACAGCAACUUAGCUCCGCCCUCAGGAAGAGCAGACCAAGAAGGGAGGAAACAGGAAGUGAGAGAGCGGUCGGAGGAGGUGGAGCAGGAAGUAACGGAAGUGAUGUCAUCUCAGGAGGGCGGAAAGACGAGGGGAAAACUCAGAGAGGGGACGACGAAGGACGUCAAAGCUGCCGAUCAGAACCAAAACAGGACACACGCCGCCACGCCCCCUUUUAGAGCGUCCCGCCUACCGCUGCCCCGGAUUGGUUCACAGUCUGCCGACCCAUCAGGAAUAGCGAUGUCAGUGUUUGAGGGCACUGAGGCAGCACAUCCAGGCCUCUAG